CCGCACGAUGCCUUCAUGCUUACGUAGCGCAUCCGACAGCCAAUCACGUUCGAGUCUUUCACGUUGCGCGUGCCACCAAAGUUCCCACCCGCAACACACCCUCCCCGACCGGUGUCAGCGGUCGCACUCACAGUCGCAGUCUCAGUCGCAGCUACGGUCGCAGUUUCAGUCGCGCGGUUCUCGUGCAUUGGGAGUAUCGUGUUCGAUGGAGUCCUGCUUCUCCCCCUCGCGCCACUCGCACCCUCGAUUCUUCCUCUCGCUCGCGUGCUUGUUACUCGUCGUCGCGAGCUGGGGUCCACAUAGGCUUACAG